AUGACUAUUACGAGGUUCCCACUCGCACGCGGGAUUCGGUUCCUCUCGACCCCACGGGUUGCUGUCAUAGGCUCCGGGCCGUCGGCGUUCUACACGUCGCUGGACAUUUUGAAGUACGACAUCCCCGUGGAGAUCGACAUGUUUGAGAAACGGCCGUGUCCGUUCGGACUGGUCCGGUUCGGCGUGGCCCCUGACCACCCGGAGGUGAAGUCGUGCCAGGAGAGGUUCCAGGACGCUAGUAAGGACAAGCGGUUCCAGUUUUUUGGCAACGUGGAGAUCGGCAAGGACAUCAAGCUGAGGGAGCUGUACGAGAACUACGACAGCAUUGUGUUUGCGUACGGGUCGAACAAGGAGAACCGGCUCAACAUUGCGGGCGAGGACCAUCCGGCCGUGAUCAAUUCGAAGGAUUUUGUGGGGUGGUACAACGGAGACCCGCAGGAUCAGGAUUUGAACCCGCCGCUGGACAAAGUGGAGGAGGUGACCAUUAUCGGGAACGGAAACGUGGCCAUGGACAUUGUGCGGGUUCUGCUGGCUCCGCCCGAGCACUGGAAGGACACAGACAUUGUGCCCGGGGCGUUGGAGACGUUGCAGCGGAGCACCGUCAAGAAGGUCACGGUGAGUGCGCGACGUGGGUUCCUGGACAGCAAGUUCGCCAACAAGGAGUUCAGAGAGUGUCUGGAGAUGGACAAAUACGGGGUGCGUUUCACCGGGUGGGGGGCCGAUCUGUUUGGAGACUCGCUGAAGACCACAAAGCUGGGACGAAUCGAGAAACGACGGCUACAGUUGGCGGAGAAGUAUUGUGUCGCCGAGACAGAGGGCAAGUCGUGGAAGCUGGACUACCUCAAGACGCCGAUCGGGAUCAAGGUGGACUCCAAAGACCCCCUGUUGCUGAAGGAGACGAUAUUUAAGAAAAACCAAAUCACCCCAGCCGGUAAGAUCGAGCCCACCAAUAAGCUGGCGUCGGUGAGCAACCAGCUGCUGAUUUUAUGUAUCGGCUACAAGGGCGAGGCAUUGGCGGAGUUUGAAGAGCUGGGAAUUCCGUUUGACGUGCAGCGGGGGGCCAUUCCCAACAAGGAAGGUCGGGUUGUUGGUGUGGAACAGACCUAUUGCGUUGGCUGGAUUGCGAACGGGUCUCGUGGGUCGAUCAAUUCUACGGUGGCCGACAGCAGUGUGGUUGCGCACAGCAUUGUCCAGGACUUGGACAAGCUGCCGCAGAGCAAAGGACACGGCCGCGAAAAGGUGUCCAAGCUGCUGGCCGAAAGGGGGGUGAACGUGGUGGAUUGGAGCAAUUGGGUCAAGAUCGACAAAGCGGAGCGGCAGCAGGGCCGCAAGUUCACCGAUUUCGACUCAAUGCUCUCUGUAAGUAACGGUCCUGAGUCAUGA